AUGCUGGUGGCCGUGGACGACAGCCAGGGGGCUGGCUGGAGCGUUAGCAGCGACAAGGACAGGGACCUGCAGGUGCUGUUACAGGAACUCUGCGAGCUCCAGGCAAAGCAGAGGAAGCUGAAGAGAGAGGUCGAGAAGCACAAGCUUUUUGAAGACUAUCUGAUUAAGGUCCUUGAGAUAAUCCCUAAGGGCCACAAGGAAGGGGAGAAAACAGAGGAGCCAGAGGUGGUCCUGGUGGAGACCCUGGUGGAGCACUAUGGGCAGCUCUUCACAAUCAGCCAGGACAUCCAGAAGCAUCUGGAGGCCUUCUCCGAGAUGAACCAGGUCUUCCACCAGAGGCUGGAGUCUCUAGAGGAGAGCCACAGGGCUCUUAUCCCGAGCCUCAAGAUUCGGCUGUGUCAGCUGCAAAGGCGGUGUCAUCAUGAGCAGAAGUGGUGGGGGCAGUUGGGACACCGUGUCACCUCCCAGAAGGACAUGGACAGCUCUAAUAUGGGAAGCAAGGCUGCCACUGCUGGCCACAGCCCUGAAGACCUGAAGUCUGGGACUCCAGCGCUGCCCAGAAACCAGCUGCUCGACUACCUGCAAAAGGCCAUCAACAACAUGGUCCAGCAGUGCUCCCCCUCUGCCCACAGCACGCCCAAGAGCAUGGGCCUCUUCUCUAAACUCGACCUGAUUCAGGAAUUUAUGUUGGACAAAAUGGAGACAGUGAGAUAUAUCUCACUGCUCAUGGAACCUAGAGUAUGCUGGUCAGGGGAUAGUCUCAAGAACCCCAGAAGAUACGCCAGAUCCUUCAGGAAACGCCCAAGGGAUCAAGAUUCGGUCCCCAGAACUCCCCUUCCAGGCACCCAGACUUCAGAGUGCCCCAGCUCGAACUGA